UGUCACAUGUAUUUGUUUUGUUUAAAAAAAAAAAUUAUUCCUCUUUUGAGUUUAAAUUACAUUUAAAAACUUUACAAAACUUUUAGUAAUUUUAUAAACCUACAAAUCUUAAUUUACUUUAAUUUUUUAUUUUGUUGUUUCUAACCUGUCUAUAAUAACCUGACUUUUUAUAACUGGAAAGGUUAACUGCACUAGAUCCUUCCUUUGCUUUAGUGUUAGUGGUACAUCCUUGGAUCCAUGAUUUUCGUUAGCACUAGCUAGUGUAGCGUACACUCAACUACACUCGAGGGUACUACACUAGAAAACAAAGAAACGGACCUAUUAUUAGUGGUUUGUGGUGUGCUCCUCUCUCUACAGUCACACAGUCCUGCUCGCGCUUAUUGUCUUUAAAAUCGCCGAUUAUGACUAGGAGCCAUAACAUUUGUGCAGCUAGAAAUUGUUGUAAUAACGCUGAAAAAAGUUGUAUCAGCUUUUUUUCUUUUCCGAGAGAUGUUAAAAGGGCAACAAUUUGGUUAAUGGCAUGUGGACGAGAAGAUUUAUUGGAUCAAGCAGAAAAUGUACAUAGAGGUUAUCGUCUUUGUGGUAUUCAUUUUGAUAAUAAGAUGUUUCUUAAUGAUCUGAAAAAUCGAUUAACACCUUCUGCAGUUCCUACAAACUUUCCUUUACUGGACAGCACAUUGUCUGAAUAUUUUGAUCAUACUUAUUCUGCAGUAGUCCAGAACGUGUCUCUUCCAAGAUGUCCUAUUAAUCAAGCUAUGGAAUUUAAAGCUGAAAUUCAGGAACAGUUCGUUGAACAUAACCAAAUAUACGAAGAGGGCAAUCCAUCCACGUCAAGAGAUUUUAAUGCCGUGAAAAGUGAAAUAAAAAUUGAAAUUAAAAAAGAGUUUGAUGAAUGUGACCAAAUAUAUGCAGAUAAUCAGCUAUCAACAUAUACAGAUCUUGGUGAUUUAAAGAAUGAACUGGAGGAAGAUAUCUCAGGUUUUUCUGAGAAUAAUACAACGGAAAUAGCACAUUCAUGUAAUAAACAACAAGAGAAACAAGACCCUGACGAACAAACAUUAAAACAUAUUAUUUCUUCUGAAGAUUUUUCUUGCAAAAAUAAUGUAGUGGAAAAGAUUGACAAAAGAUCUUACAAAUGUGACAUUUGUUUUAAGAAGUUUCCCCAAAAAGGUAAUUUGACAGAUCAUUUAAGAACACACACUGGAGAAACACCGUACAAAUGUGACAUUUGUUUUAAGAAGUUUUCUCUUCAAGGUAAUCUGAAAAUACAUUCAAGAUCACAUACUGGAGAAAAGCCACACAAGUGUGAAAUUUGUUUUCACCAGUUUUCUCAUAAACAGAGUUUAAAUAUACAUAUGGGAAGACACACUAAAGAGAAACCUUAUAAGUGUGAAACUUGUUUCAAGCAGUUCACUUCAGUAAACUAUUUAAAAUCACACCAAAAAACACACUCUAUAGAAAAACUUUACAAAUGUGAAAUUUGUUUAAAGAAGUUUUCUCAUAAACAGAGUUUAAAUAUACAUAUGAGAGCACAUACUAAAGAAAAACCUUAUAAGUGUGAAAUUUGUUUUAAGACAUUUUCUCAUAAACAUAAUUUAAAUGUACACAUGAUAACACACUCUAAAGAAAAACCUUACAAGUGUGAAGUUUGUUUUAAGUCAUUUUUUCAAAAAAGUAAUUUAAAAGUACAUUUGAGAACACAUUCUGAAGAAAAACCUUAUAAAUGCGAAAUUUGUAUUAAGCAGUUUACAUUAUUAAAUCAUUUGGAAAGACAUGUCAUAACUCACUCUAAAGAAAAAAAAUACAAGUGUGAAGUUUGUUUUAAACCAUUUUUUCGUAAACACAAUUUAAAUGAUCAUCUGAAAACACAUUCUGGAGAAGAACCUUAUAAGUGUGAAAUUUGUUUUAAGCAGUUUUCUCUUCAAGGUAAUCUGAAAGUACAUUUAAGAACACACACUAGAAAAUGUCAUGUAUUGAGUAGUGUAACGUUAUAAACGGCAUGUUGUUAUUAUUUUAUUUUUAAAUAAUUAUUUUACUCUAUUUUCUUUAAUAAUUUAUUAAUAAUAAUCUGUAUUUGUUUUACUCAUUUCUCGUUAAAAACUCAGUUGGCGCCUGUUAUAGGCAACUUUCUUCAUUUAUAAUAACUUUUGAUUAUAUUCUAAAACAUCUGAAUCAUGAUACGGAGCAUACUUAUUCCAACUUUCUAUUCACUAGACACUGUCAAUGUCACCCCAUCGUCAUUAUCCCUACUUUCAAUAUGGUGUGAGAAUUUAGGAAUUUUGUUAUUUAAAAGAAAUGUAGCGGAUAAUAAAUCAUUUUUUUUUAUUUCAAACAGACGAUUUCCAGUUUAUGUAACGAAUAAAGCACGUUGGGUGCUAUUCGUAUAACGACAAAUUACCACAGAGAAUUGAAAUACUAUUGUAAAAUAAUAUUUCAAUCAACUAUGAUAGUUGUCGUUUAGUGGCUUUAGCUCAGUCUCUCAGGUUGUGAGUACGCCUUGCCUUCAUCAAAAGAUAUGAACGCUGAAAAUUUAGAUGGAAGCAAACAAAACAAUAAGUUAACUAAUUAGGUUUCAUUUCAUUAAAAAUAUAAUAAAAAUGUGAUGUAUUUGAUUCAAUAUUACAAUAUACAAAUUCUUGCCGAAGAGCUAACAAUUUUGGAUUAUACUUAGGCUUAUGUCGUCAUUGGACCAUGUGAAACAAAAAAUUCCAAAAUAUUUUAUUAGCAUAUGAUUUUCUAGGGGCAGUGCUGCCAGUUUAAUGUUCUUCGACUUUUUGGUAUCACUCAGAAGUUAAAAUAGUGACAUUUUUUGGAAAAAAGGGUGAAAAUCAACAUACUUAUUAUUGUUAAACAAAAAAUACGCAUAAAACAGACAACAUCUCGGGAGAAUUACCUCACGAGAUGUCUAAAUAAAAUCUAUGCAAAGUCAUUACUUAGGUGGACACAAAAUACGUUUGUGUAUUUAUUUUUAUAGCAUGUGUACUGUAACUCAACGGUUGUAGUAACUAGAACACUGCCCAAAAAAUCUUGUAUAUUUGCCUAAAGUACUGAUAGCUCAGGUUUAUGAAAAUAUAAAUUAUUUCUCAAUGUAUUUUCGUUUAUUAUAAAUAAUGGAAAUUCCAAACACAUAUUGUACAUAUACCAAUAUUGUAAUCUAAGGAACAUAUUUCAUGCAGUAAUGUAUAUGUAUAUCUAAA